CGUAAGGGGCGUUGAUUGGGAGCGGGAACAGGAGCCUGCGCGUGUGCGGCGCCCCGCCUUCUGCCCAAAUUGAUCUCUUCAUUACGCUCAAGUAACCAACAUGUCAGGGUGGGAGUCUUAUUACAAAAAUCAGGGUGAUGAGGAAGAAGAAGAUCAAGAGGAGGGCCUUGAAGAAGGUGGAGAUUAUAAAUAUUCAGGAAGAGAUAGUUUGAUUUUUUUGAUUGAUGCUUCUGAGGCCAUGUUUGAAACUCAGGAUGAAGAUGAGUUGACUCCUUUUGACAUGAGCAUCCAGUGUAUCCGGAGUGUAUACACCAGUAAGAUCAUAAGCAGUGAUCGAGAUCUCUUGGCAGUGGUGUUCUAUGGUACCAAGAAGGACAAAAAUUCAGUGAAUUUCAAAAAUAUUUACGUCUUGCAGGAAUUGGAUAAUCCAGGUGCUAAACGAGUGCUAGAGCUUGACCGCUUUAAGGGGCAGGAGGGGAAGAAACAUUUCCAAGACCUAAUUGGCCAUGGAUCUGACUACUCCCUAAGUGAAGUACUGUGGGUCUGCGCCAACCUCUUUAGCGAUGUCCAGUUCAAGAUGAGCCAUAAGAGGAUCAUGCUUUUCACCAAUGAAGAUGACCCCCACGGCAAUGACAGUGCCAAAGCCAGCAGGGCCAGGACCAAAGCUGGGGAUCUCCGUGACACAGGUAUCUUCCUUGACUUGUUGCACCUAAGGAAACGUGGGGGCUUUGACAUAUCCUUGUUCUACAGAGAUAUUAUCAGCAUAGCAGAGGAUGAGGACAUAGGGGUUCACUUUGAGGAGUCGAGCAAGCUCAAAGACCUGUUGAGGAAGGUUCGCGCCAAGGAGACCAGGAAGCGCGUGCUCUACAGGUUGAAGCUUAAGCUCAACAAAGAUGUAGCGCUCACUGUUGGCAUUUACAAUAUGGUCCAGAAGGCUCUCAAACCUUCUCCAGUGAGGCUUUAUCGGGAAACAAAUGAACCAGUGAAAACCAAGACCCGGACAUUUAAUGUAAAUACAGGCAGUUUGCUUUUGCCUAGCGACACCAAGAGGUCCCAGACCUAUGGGAGUCGUCAGAUUGUAUUAGAGAAAGAGGAAACAGAAGAGCUUAAACGGUUUGAUGAACCAGGUUUGAUUCUCAUCGGUUUCAAGCCCUUGAUAAUGCUGAAGAAGCACCAUUACCUGAGGCCCUCCCUGUUCGUGUACCCCGAGGAGUCCCUGAUAAAUGGGAGCUCAACCCUAUUCAGUGCUCUACUCACCAAGUGUCUGGAGAAGGAGGUCAUGGCAGUGUGCAGAUACACACCCCGCCAGAAUGUCCCCCCUUGUUUUGUGGCCUUGAUGCCACAGGAAGAGGAGCUGGAUGACCAGAAAAUUCAGGUGACUCCCCCAGGCUUCCAGCUCAUCUUCUUGCCCUAUGCUGAUGACAAACGGAAGGUGCCCUUUACUGAAAAAGUCAUGGCAAACCCAGAGCAGAUAGACAAGAUGAAGGCUAUCGUUCAGAAGCUCCGCUUCAAGUACAGAAGUGACGGCUUUGAGAACCCAGUGCUGCAGCAGCACUUUAGGAACAUGGAGGCCUUGGCUUUGGAUUUGAUGGAGCCCGAACAAGCCGUGGAUCUGACACUGCCCAAGGUUGAAGUAAUGGACAGAAGACUGGGCUCCCUGGUGGAUGAGUUUAAGGAACUUGUCUACCCACCAGAUUACAAUCCUGAGGAAAAAGUUCCCAAGCGAAAACAAGGUGAUGAAAAUUCUGGAAGCAAAAGGCCCAAGGUGGAGUUAUCUGAAGAGGAGCUGAAGGCCCACGUCAGCAAGGGCACACUGGCUAUUGCUUUUGAAGAAUUAGCCUGAGAGAAGGAAGGAGAUGGAAGGGUUUUUAUCCUCUGAGGAUGGCUUGUAGGUCCUGUGUCUUUCAAAACUAGAAUGAGCAUCUCAUGAGGUGAGUGUUGGAGGGGUCAGAUUACUCUUGGAAGAGAUUUUUCAGUUUUGGAUUCUUUGCUCUGAUUUUUAUAGGUUUUUUUUUUAACUUCUUUUUGCUUGUUUUUGUUUGGAAAGGAGAUGUUAUGUUCUUGUUUGGAUUUCUUUCCUUAUCUGGGGGAGAGGGAAAAUAAUUCUUCAAUUAGAAGAGAUGCCUUUGAGGAUACAGCAAAAUAAUGCAAAACCAUUUAAUAUAGUACUUAUUCAUUCUUGUUGUUGAGAAAUAAGACCAUCCCCGUUAAAUGAAGCAUGCUUGGAAACUCUGGGUUCUAGAGAGGGUUACUAAUACCACAAAGGUAGAUUAGAAUCAGGCUAGUCACCAUAAGUAGGAAGGUAAGAAUGAGUACCACUGCUGGGCCUUUCUUUUCAAGCCUGGAUUUCUUGGCUAGUGAGGAGGAAAUCUAGUGAGUCCCAGGCUUCUCUGUGCACUCCUGCAGGACCUUACCCAAGUGUAGGCUCCUUCUCCUCUGUUCUCCUAUUUACAAAAUGGAGAGAAGGAAAGAGUUCAAGGGUCCAACAAAGCACCAGUAAUAUGAAUGUUAGAAAAAUAACCACUGAGGUCUGUGAUAAAGAGCAACUAUGUGAUCUCAGUUUCUCUGUAAAUUAAUAAUGUUUGCCUUCUCUGCUCUUGAGCUCCCCAGGAGAGAAACAUCAUGUCCAGACAUAAUCUGGUUGGGCUUUUGUAAACUCACAAGUCAGAUUUAGUAAAUUUGCAUCUUGGCUCCAUCACAUACGUACAAGUGACCACCGGCAAUUUACCUGGCAUUUUCAAGCCUCAGUUUCAUCAUAUUUAUAAUAAGAAUAAUAACGUGGAAUAUGGAAAAUAAAUGAGAAAACACGUAAAUGGGCACGGUACUCAAUAGGCACUAACUCUUAUCCUUCUAACUUCUCUGGCUGCAAACACGCUUCGCUCCUGCAGGUGCUGGUGACGCGCGGCCAAUGAUUGGACGAAACGGCCUGCGCAUGCGCGCCGCAGACCUCGCGGCUAGGAGGGCUAGGAGGGCUAGGAGCCACGCGGGUAGGGAAGGGCAGGGAGGUGCAUCCGCCUCUGAGCGGCCAGCGGCGGGGGCGGGGGCGGGGCAAGAGCUGGAGAGCACGGACGGAUGUUUGGCCAAAACUGCACUAAACAAGCAUAUGUGCAUAAGUGCAUAUGCCUCCUGGCUGAAUGCAGAGGGAACAUCUGUAAUUUUUUUAAUAUUUAUUUGGUUGCACUGGGUCUUAGUUGCAGCUUGGGGGCUCCUUAGUUUCAGCUCACCGGCUCCUUAGUUGUGGCAUGUGAACUCUUAGUUGCGGCAUCCAUGUGGGAUCUAGUUCCCUGACCAGGGAUCAAACCCCAGUCCCAUGCACUGGGAGCGUGGAGUCUUAACCACUGUGCCACCAGGGAUGUCCCUUAAUGUUUAGUUUUUUUUGUCCUGUUUUGUUUUUUAAAUUUUUAUUUUUUGGCUGCGUUGGGUCUUCGUUACUGCACGAGGGCUUUCUCUAGUUGCAGCAAGCAGGGGCUACUCUUCAUUGUGGUGUGCAGGCUUCUCAUUGCAGUGGCUUCUCAUUGUGGAACACGGGCUCUGGGCACAUGGGCUUCAAUAGUUGCGGCACGCAGGCUCAGUAGUUGUGGCACUCAGUAGUUGUGGCUCACGGGCUCAGUAGCUGUGCCUCGGGGGCUCUAGAGCACAGGCUCAGUAGUUGUGGUGCACGGGCUUAGUUGCUCUGUAGCGUAUGGGAUCUUCCCAGACCAGGGCUCAAACACAUGUCCCCUGCAUUGGCAGGCAGGGAAGUCCUGUAAUGUUUAGAUGUAAUGUCUUAUUAAAAAAUUAGAAGAAAAGUAAAGCAGGACCAUGAAAUCUGGGAGAGAUUAGUCAUCCACUUCCUCUCCCUCCCCCUCAAACAGAAAUUCCGACCUCAAAUCCGUUUUGGAGGGAAAGCACACACCUGUUAUUCUUGACCAGCAGCUAUGAUGACUAUCCAGCCUUUCUGGUUUGAGCCCAAACUAUCCCUGAAUGUGUAAUCUUCAUUGUAACUGACUGCCUCAUAUAUGAAAGCCAGUCCUACCUAGAAUUUACUUCUGGGUACUCAAGCAGCUGGGACCCUCUCACCUGUGGGCCCUGCUAGCACUUCCGGCAUUCUUUGUCACCAGAGCAAUUUUGACAUGGUCGUAUUUAUUGCUGCUGUUUUGACAAGACUGCCUCAGCUUUUCUUCAUCUACCUCCCAACCUUAGUUGUCUAUUGCUGUGUAACAAAUUACCCCCAAAACUGUUGGCCUGAAAACAACAAUAACCACAUAUUCUCUCUCACCAU